UGAAAAGUAAGCAUGUCUCUUUGGUACGUGUGGGAGUUUGACAGAGAGUCUGCAGACGCCAUGCUUGUUGUCAAACAGCACCACCUGUCAUUGACAGUCACAGUGUGAAUGCAACCGAGUCGAGAUAAAAGACAAAGAGACGGCACCUGAUCAUCAGUUCAUGGCCUUUAGGGUUGAAAAAAUGUCUAAGAGAGCAUUAACCUCAACCUCUAGUGCUUUGUCAGAGUCUGACUAUGACACUCAGAAGUCAGAAGCAGAAGAGGUGGAGAGGUGCACACUAACAACACAGGCUUCACAGAGGGAUUUGUGGGACAUCCCGUCUCUCCAGGAGCUGGAGGAAGCUUUACAUUCAGCGCCGCGCUCCUGUCGCCAUGGAGACGAGGUGUGGCCAGACCUGUAUCUCGGAGACAUGUUCAUGUCUCAUGACAAGCUCGGGCUCUGGCAGCUGGGCAUCACCCACGUGCUGAACGCCUCGCAUGGUAAACUGUGCUGCAAAGGAAGCGACGAUUUCUACGGCACUACAGUGAAAUACUAUGGAGUCCCAGCCAACGACCUCCCAGCAUUUGACAUCUCACCUUUUUUUCACCCGGCAGCUGAAUUUAUUCACCAGGCCUUAACAUCAGGAGGAAAGGUGCUUGUGCACUGUGCUGUGGGUGUGAGUCGCUCGGCUGCACUGGUCCUUGCCUACCUGAUGAUUAAUCACCACCUCACCCUCCUGACCUCUGUACGCUGUGUGCAACAGAAACGGUGGAUAUUCCCAAACAGAGGCUUUCUGCGACAGCUCAUUGCCCUGGACCGAAGACUGCGGGACAAAGGGUUGGAGGAGGCAGAAUAAUUCAGUUACAAAUACAGAAAACUACACUAACAAUAAAAGGUCAGACUAGGAGAAGAUUCUUUGAACGGAUGAGACAAAAUGUGAGCAUUGUAGCUUUGUCACAUCAGCUCUGUGUUCAUGGACAAAAAAAUAAA